UUGACCGCCAAAUAAUUCAUUUUCUUGCGAAAUUUACAAAAAAAUUCGGAUAUUUUGGCGAUAAAUGUGCUGAAAACGACGCAAAAAUGCCCCGUCGAACACAAAACAUGGCGGAUGUGAAUGUCGUGCCAAUCAAAAGACGCCGCAGAAACAUUCCGAGUACCGAUGACGAGGUCGAGCAUGAGAAACAACCGCCGCAAGAUGAGCAAAUGUUGGAUGAUACUUUAUCGAACUCCUCGAAGGAAAAUGAAGCAAUGGAUCAAUCGUCGAGUGAGGAAGAUGUCGAGACUGAGGAUGAAAUAACGACACCAGAUACCGCGAAAUGCGGGCGAAUCGAGAAAAUGGUGCUGCGGAAUUUCAUGUGUCACGCAAAUUUGGAAAUUGUCUUCAAUGAAAAGAUUAAUUUGUUGGUUGGGAAUAAUGGGAGCGGCAAAUCGGCGAUUAUUACAGCGCUGGCGAUCGGAUUGGGAGCCGAUGCGCGAUCAACGAAUCGCGGAAAGAGUGCAAAAGGUCUCAUCAAAAAUGGCCAAAACAGCUGCACAAUCGAGAUUCACUUGCUCAACCAGGGCUUGGAUGCGUACGAUCCCGAAGCAUACGGCGACAAAAUCAUCAUUUGUCGCAAAAUUGCCGCAAGCGGAGGCGGCGACUACCAAAUCAAAUCGGAAAAUGGUCGCACAAUUUCGCGCAAAAAAGACGAACUCACCCGCAUCAUGGCUCACCUGAACAUCCAACCGAACAAUCCGAUUGUCAUUUUGAACCAAGACAACGCUCGUGCCUUCCUCAAGGACAGCGACGGUCGCCAACUUUUCAACUUGUUCAUGCAAGCGACGCAACUCCAAAUGAUUUUGGACAAAAUGAACGAAUGCCAUCAAAUGUUCGUCAAAACCAAAAGUCAAUACGAGAUCAACACACGCGGUUUGGAAGCCCAAAAGAAGGAUUUGACCGAAAAACAACGUCGUCUCGCCGAGUUACAAGGCUUGGAAAGUCUUCGUGACAAAGUUAAAGAAUUGAAAUGCGAACUUGCUUGGUGGCACGUGAUGGAACAAGAAAAAGUCAAACGAAUCUCCGAAUCUGAACUCAAAAAAAUCGCCGCAAAAAUCACAGAACUUGUCGAAAUCAUCAAAAACAAAGAUAACGCCGACGCGGAAAUCCAAAGCAAGAUGCAACACUUCACGGGACAAAUUCAAGCGAAGCAAGGAAUGAUCGGGGAGAUCAACGGCGAAAUCGGAAACAUUCGCCAAAAAAUAGACGAGCAAAAUCAGAAGAUAAUUGAGCAACGAAACAUCGCAAAACGCAUUCGGCAACGCAAAGAACGCCUUUUGGAGGACAUCCGCACCCUCGAAUCGUCCCUGGAGGAAAAGGGAAAUGCGGAAAGUGUUCAGUCGAUGCGCGCGCGCAACAUGCAGGCCCUAAAAAAGCUCAUCGAUGAACAAGACGAGGUCCAAAGUGUCAUCGAAACGGCAAAACGCGACGUCGAAAUGUUACGACAAACAAUUUUCAAGUGCGAAGAGAAGCAGGAAAGUGCAAAAUUGCACAAACGUUCGAUCGAGGAGAAAAUUUCCCGUUUGCAGGCCCAAUAUUCGCGUUAUACAAACUCCCAAAAUGACCCCUUGAUGGCUUAUGACCCCCAGAUGCCGGCUUUUGUGAAGCGCGUUGACGACGAAUUUCGUCGCGGAGGAUUUUCAAAGGCUCCGCGAGGUCCGUUGGGGCGUUAUGUGAACGUUCCCGACAAAAGAUGGCGCAUGGGAGUCGAAAGUGUGCUCGGAGGCUUGUUAACUGCCUUCUGUGUCAACUCCGAUCAAGAUCGCAUCAAGUUAGAUCGCUUGCGGCAACAACAUUUCCCCAAUAUGCGUUCCUUCCAGAUCAUCACACAAAAGUUUGUGGAACAAGUUUACGAUACAAGUCAAUUUUUGACGCCGGGGCAGCAUGAUAUCCAUCAAAAUAUCGAAGCGCCGAACAUGAUGGAGGUUCUGCAAGUGAGCGAUCCUGUCGUUAUGAAUUGUUUCAUCGACCAAGGCGGCAUCGAGAAUAUUUUGAUGUGCACAAAUGACCGAACUGCCGCUGCUUUCACCAAAAAUUCGCAAUAUGUGCCGCAAAAUAUGCGAAAAAUCAUCUGUAUCGCCCCGUUUUCGGAGUAUUUUCCGGCUCCAAAUUACCGUUCGUACUCGCUGAAGGAACAGGCAUGUCGCUACAUCCAAGUCGACACGCAGGAAGUGCGACGCCAACUCGAAGCCGAAAUCACACGCGAAAAGCAAUCUUUACUUCCGGUCGAAGAGGAAUUAAAAAUAUUGCGGAUUCAGCAUCAAAAUACCACGAAAGCCAAUCAAGAACGUGCCUCGGAGCUGCGAAAGAGCGAAAACGCCUUGCAAGAAGUCCAAAUGAAAAUUUCAGAUUUGAAAAAUUUCGAGUACCCGAAGGAGGAUGAAGGAGAAGUGCUGCGGCAAGAACUCGAGGAAGCUCGUUCGACUUUGGAGGAUUUGGAUCCAACGGCGCAAAAAGCCAACGACGAGCUUAAACAACACGAAGAAACGUUGGGCGGUUACGAGAAGACCCUGGAAAUUCUGAAGAACAAACGUUCAAAAGUUGAAACGGAAAUUCGUCAAAUUCAGCAAGAAUCGGAUGCGGAAUCGAAUCGAUUGAUGACCAUCGCUUCGAAUGUGAGCAAAGCCAAGGCCGAACAAAACGCACUUUCGGAAGAAGCCAAAGCGGCACAAGAAAAAUAUCAUGCUGCCGAAGCAAAGUUGAAAAAACUCACCGAAGAAGCGGAAAAAUUUGGAUCUCGAUGCACCACGACGUUGGAAAGUCACGUUUAUCCACGAAAAAUCGCGGAACUCGAGAGAAAAAUCGAAACAACUGCCAAUCAAGACACCAAUCUUGACGAGUUGGAACGCUUGGUGCUCGCUAAGGAAGCGGAUUACGCCAAAAGUGAAGCAACAGCGACGUCAAUUAAAAGUUGCUUGUCGUACAUCAAACAAAGUCGCCUCCAGCGUUUCGCAUUCAUGAAGAACAUGAAAAGUUACUUUGCGUUUCGGGUUCGCAACAAGUUCAGUCAGGUCCUACGGGUGCGAGAUAUGCACGGCACCAUCGUCUUUAACUACAAAGAGGAGAAAUUAGAACUUCAGAUCGCGCCACGGGGAAAUCAGCAAAAGACAAAUACGAAAGCGUUGUCGGGCGGCGAGCGAAGUUACUCGACAGUUGCGUUUCUCAUUGCGCUCUGGUCGUGUUGCGACAGUCCCUUUUACUUUUUGGAUGAAUACGAUGUGUUUACGGAUCAAGUGAAUCGAUUUAUUAUGACGAAGCUGCUGAUUCACGAGGCACUGGCAAAGGGAGACCAAUAUGCCUUUUUGACGCCGCAGGACAUGAGUAGCGUCAAGGCGGAGGAUUAUCUGACAAUUCAUCGGUUUGCGGAUCCCAUUCGCGGAGAUAUGGGACGUAAGAGUCAGGCAUGAGAGAAAUAUCAAAUCGUACAAUUUUUUUUUGUUUUUUGAAUUCACGUAAUUUAAUGUAGAUGAUUGAUUAAUAUGUAAUAUGAGAGAAAAUAUAUGACAGAUUUUUGAU